UUUGGCUCUCAGUCGACCAACAGAGACGCUGCUCUGGUUUAAUGUUUUCACAGUUACAGCAGCAGUUGAACUCCAUCUUUUACUCCAUCUUUAACUGUAAUCCAGAGUGUUCAAAGUGUGACUUAUUUGAAAUGACUGAGAACUGAACAGGCGUUGUGCAGCAAAAGACACAAGUGAGUUUAUGAGAAGAUGUCUCAGAACAGAUGGAAACUACAGACUCUGUGUCAGUAUGUCGCAGAUACUCUGACUUACAUCGUAGCUGUGAAGGAUUUCUGUGAGAUGUUCCCUGGAUGGAAGAAAUGCAGAGAGAAAGAGGUGGAGGAAAUCAAAGAUAUCAAAAGAAGGGCUGAUGAGAUUAACUCGUCUUUCACAAUGUCAGAGGGCAAAGAGAAGAGCUCUGAGAAACCUGUGAGCACAUUAAAAACAAAAAGUGUUGAAGAGCUUGAAAAUGUACUUGGUGAAGUGCUGAAAGAAACACUGAAGGGUUUGGAGAAACUCAACAGCUUCUUGGAUGCAGUGGAGAAGCUGGCAGUCACAUCUCUGCAGGUUUUCACUGAGAACCAGAUAUUGAUCGUGCCUGAAGGAAUCAGGUUUGACAAAGUUCAGGAUCUGAUCAAAUCUGCCCGAUGGAUCUGCCCUUUAAUACUGGAGUUCAAACGAGACGCAGCGGCUUUCUUUGUUCCCACAAGACACAACGUGGAGGUUCUGCUGUACCAGCUGGAAAAACACAUAGACACCAGCAAGAAGAUCUUUCAAAGCUUUGCUGGCAGCCUCAAAAUUGACAUUUCCCUGGGAAUAACAGAGGACAUUGCUAUUGAAUGUCAUUUAUCUGAUGAUGACAUGCAAAAAAUGACUGAUCAGGUCAAACAACUCGAUAAAAUCAGGAUGGACGACGACUUCCGGAUGAUGUUCCUGUUCCAGAGGAUCAACUAUUCAAUUUUUGUUAAGAAGUACAAUGAUGAGCUUCCUGAGAUGCUGCAGUUUCUAGAUCAGAUUGAACAGUGUGCAGUUCAGUUAGACAGAAUGAAUAAGGGAGCAAAGAUCUCCAGUGUGGCUGGGAGCUCAGUGGGAGUAGUGGGAGGAAUCCUGUCCAUUGUUGGUUUGGCUCUAAUUCCAGUUACAUUUGGUGUGUCUGUAGGGUUGACCAUUGCUGGUGCAGCUGUGGGAGGAACUAGUGGACUGAACAGCUUGGUAACCACCUUAACAGAGGUUGGAGUUAAUAAUACACAAACAAAAAAAGCGAACACAGCCUUUCAAAGAUUCAUGAAUGCUGUUCAGAGAAUCCAGGAUUGUCUGGAAGAGGCGGCUAAAAUACCAUAUGCUGAAGUUACACAAAGCACUAAAAAUGUGUUUUACAUGGCAGGCCAGACUGCUUGGAAAUCACGUGGUAUUGAAAAGGCUGGUGACUUCAUUGUUGAUGUCGCUGCUGUUCCAAAAGCAGGUAAAGUUGCACUACAGGAAGGAAAAGCAGUGGGUUCUGUAUCCAAUGUGGCCUCAGAUGUUCCUGAAAUUGCUCAGGCAGCAGUUAAAGGGCCUCUUGCUCUCUCCAAGUCAGCCAGAGUUGGCUUUAUUGCAGUCAAUGCCCUCUUCAUUGGGAUGGAUAUCUUCUUCAUCACUAAAGACAGCGUGGCCCUGGCUAAAGGGACAGAGACUAAUGUCUCCAAGUUCCUCAGAGCCAGAGCUGCUCUGUGGCGCUCAGAGAUGGAGGCCUGGGGGAAAAUCCACAACUCACUGUGUAACAGCAAACUGACCGCAGAGGAAAACAGAGAGAUGCUUGAGAAGCCAUUUUAUCCUGUCUAACAGCAAUCUGUAUAUUAAUGGAUGCAUAGAUAUUUGCUUUGGUUGACUCCCUAAGAGAAAAACUAAAACAACAAAAAGGGUUUCAAUUUGUAACCCAGUUUUUCAACAGAAAAACAUUUUGUUUAUAAGUAUGUUAGUUUAGCUACAGGUGACUGUUAGUCUCCAUUUCACCAGCAUUUAAUCAAGAUAUUCGUGUUUAACUUGUCUGCACCUUUUACCAGACUAAGUCAGUCAGUAGCAGCCAUAACCUCCAGACCAGCAUAACUUCUCUCUUCCCGGUGGAAAAGGUGAGAAACUCUGAUCAAUAAAACUCUAGUUGGCGUCACUCCAGGGACUCAGUGGGCAUUUCUCUCUCUUUGCUCUUUCUACAAUUACACAAAAAACUGUAGUAUGUAUUACUGACAGAAAGGUAAACUAUCUUUAUGAAAUGAUAAUAAAAACAGCCUCCUGUCUGGACUGCAGACAGGAAGCUUGAACAGUGAGCAUCCUACCUUGUAUUUAAGUUAGAAACAUGCUGCCACUUUCCCUCCUAACGUCUCCAGUCUUAUUUGCCUAAAUUAAAUUUAUAAAAUGCACAAAGCAUUUUUCUUUGGAAAUCUGGGUUUCUUUAUGUACAUUUUGUACUUUGCCUGUGAAAUUAAUUUACUGAAACCUUUCAGUAAAUUAAACUAAAAAACAUUAUUUGAAGUCCACUGUGUCUCAGGCUUUGCAGUCUUAUAUUAUAAAAGUCAGUUGAUUAAAAAGCUAAACUUCAAGAACUUGACUUAUGACUUUGCAAAGAAAAUUGUUUUUAUCUAAUUUUAACAUUACACAGGUUAGUUAUACUUUUACUAUUUAGUUAUCAAUGUAUGUUAAAUGUCUUGUAUUUAGAGGUUGUUUAGAAAGUUUCUUCUUUUUAUUUUUCUUUUUGCAAUAAGAUUUAUGCCUUUAGCAAAAUGUUUAAGUUGGUUUUAAUCUUGCUUCAAAUAGUGAAUUGGAUGCUGUAUGAAUAAUUCACUAGCAGUAAAUACUGUGUUCAUACCAACAUUAAAAUUAAUCUUCAAAAUUAA